AUGCGGACCUUCUCUGGAUUAGCUAUAGCGUCAAUCUUGACAGCAGCGACAGCACUAGCUUUCAAUGGCACUGUCGAGACUGUCACAGUCACCCAAACAUCCUGGUCAACAAUUAUCUCGACGCUGUCCUGUCCUGCGCCAACGACUGUCACUUUGUGCAACGCUCAGUGCGCUAGCCCAACCUCCGCUAUCGCCAACAAUGCAAAUGUUGUCUACCAGACACUCUCAGAAUGCCAAGCUGGACAGAUUCUCACCAUCGAAGGCAUGGUCACCACUCUCGCGCAGUCUACCACCUUGCCUGUAGAAAAGACCAUCAGCGAUCUGGUUCUUAUACCGGGGUCUGCCACUGAUAUCGACUACAGUGCAGCCGCCACUGUCACCAACAUCGUCUACCCUUCGUCUAUGACCGGCAGCAAUGGUCAGGUGAUUACAUGCGGAAAUGAGGUCACUACCGUAGAAGGGAACGGAAUUGUUCUCACAAACUGCCCCUGCACGGUGCAGUCGACGGUCCUCGAAAUGACUGCAACUGGUUCGGGAGCUGUACCAACAGCUCUAAUUCCCUCAACCAACUAUAUUGUCAAGAUCAUUUAUGUCUAUGUCAUUGAGACUGUUGUAAGCGAGGUUCCGACAACUAUCACUCGAACGGCCACCAGCACCCUUACCACAAUUCAGACGGAUGUUGAGACAGCGACGGCCACAGCCACGACCACGACUACAAUCGCACCUCGUCCUACUAUGUUAACUGUAGGUCAAGUCGUCUAUCUUCUGGAGUACGAUACCGCUUAUGACGGCGUUGCUAUUAGCAAUCUGCGCAAACGCCAGGCCGUUAGUUUGUCAGGAAUUUCUGCUGCUCUGUCUGGAUGUCUUGCUCAAUGUUCCUCACAGGAAAAUUGCGUAGCUGCUUCUUUUGAUGAGAACACUUCGUCAUGUAGUCCACUGAGUCAGUUCGACACACAGAGCCGAAGCGAUGCUUCUGGCGUCAUCUUCGCUAUCGUCGUCUUCAGACCAGCAGUAUCAAGUCCGUCUGUGAGGCCCUCGACAUCUGGAAGCUCCUCAGCAUCGAUUAGCUUAUCAGCUUCUACAAUUCUCUCCGCAGUCACCGAUUUGGUCUCAUCAACACGACCUUCGACAUCCGCAGGUCCUUCCGCAUCGACAAGUCCUUCUUCGCUGACAAGCCAAGGACGGCCCACCAGCUCAGCAGACAUUAGCACCAUGAGAACCAUUCCAGUAUCGGAAUCAAUCAGUAGGGUCCGCUCGAGCAGUGUCUUGUACCCGAUCUCGAAUUCGUCAAUCAUCUCUACGACGUCGAGAUCAGUCAGUGCAUCCAGCUCAAGUACUGUCCUGCCUGUGACAGAUUCAUCGAUCACCUCCACAACUUCAAGUGCUAUCCUUUCUGUCACAAGCCCUUCGGCCAUUCUGACAAGCUCGACGCGUAGCACCAUCAUCCCUGUUUCAAAUUCUUCAGUUGCUUCUACAACCUCGACUUUCAGCAGCAGUUCCAGUGCAAGCAUAGUGAUACCAGUCAACAACUCGUCGACAAGUACCAUAUCGUCAAGCACCACACCAGUUGUUCCUCUUACCGACUGUGCGGUUGCAACUGGUCUGUUGGAGUAUGCCCCUGCUAGGUCUUAUUGUUCUUCGGCCUACCCUUUGACUGCAUCUACUAGCCUGAUCGACACUACGAUCACGAGUAUCGUUACGACAUCAGGACCAGCGACCACGAUGAUCAGCAAUGUGACUCUACUCCCUGAAACAAUUACUCAGACCUUUGGAAGCAGCCACGACUACGACCAUUUAUACUUUGUGACAAUCACCGAAACUGUAUACCCGACUGUGUUCGUGCGUCGUAGACAAGCAUUGUCUGCAGCGCAAUCUAGCAUAUUCUCUAGCAUCCUAGCUCGUCCGUCCUCAGAUCUUGCAUUUUUAUGCUCCUGCCUGCAGAUCCCAACCACCACUUCGAUCACCGUCACACAAACAGCUUCCAUCCAAACAGUUGUCACGCCUAUGGUUAGUAACAAUGUCACCGUUACGCCUCCUGUUGUCACUUUGAAGACCACCGAGACUGCCACGAUUACUGAAUCAAUUACAACAAUCGACGCGACUGUCACGCUGGUUGAAACUUCUCACGCCGUAUCCAUCCUGUGA